AAGCCCUUCAAUUUUUCUCGAUUUUCCACAAAUUCACUUCAAUAUCAUGUUCCUGCUGCGCGUUUAUCGUAUAUCCCCUACGGACCAGUAAGAAUUUGGUUCUCCGUGAAGCCAUGGGCCGAAAUAAGCAAACUCGGCCGCGUCGUUCUGUUGGAAUUCGUGGGAAGACAACUCCUAGGUCGGAAUUACAUGAUAAUGACCAUAUUAAUGAUGGUAGAGGUGAAAAAGGCAAUCUUGGUGUUGUUGAUGAUGAGGAACCAUUUUUAGUUGAAGUUGAUCAGUCCAAUUGGUCGUCCGAGGAACAUAUGGAUAUAUCAGAGAUUGUGUUGUCGGAUUUGAGCAUAAAGGAAGAAUUUUAUGGUUAUAGAUUAAGUAAUCAUGUUUUCGAGGGCUCGGGGUAUGUAUUGAGGUUGAGAUUGAGUGGAGUGAACCAGCAUCUUAGUAGGAUGAAAUUAGGGCAUUGGCCUGUUUUGCCUGCCGCGAGCAUUGUCGUGGAGCUUUUGGCGAAGCAUGUGAAUGAUGAGGGCAAGGAAGAAUGCCUUGUCAUGGUUUCGGGAAAUCUUGAUGGACCCGAUGAAGGUGUUUCCGGGCUUGCCCACUUAGCUAGUUUGAAGUUCUUGACAUUGAGGCCAGCAAUGGAAACAACUGUUUCGGAAGGGUUAUCGUCUGUUAGGAUUAGGGUGGAGAUUUUGAGGAAUGCAUUUGGUGCGUGUGAGUCUCUUCUUGAUAAUUCGAGACAAGUUUGGAAGAAGAGUAUGAAAAGCAUCAUGGCUUGGCUACGUCCGGAAGUUACAACUUCAGAGGCUAGAUAUGAGUAUAGCAUCAGAAGGGACAUAGAUGGGAGCUCAUCCUCUUCGAAGGAACACGCCAAACUUGAUGUUGCUAGUUUCUAUGAAGCCAUUAAGCCAUCAAAGGAUGAACCUAUGUUGGAUGACUAUCUUCCUAAUUUGGUUCCUGAGCUUAGACCAUAUCAACGACGCGCAGUUUAUUGGAUGUUACAGCGGGAGAAAGGCACUUAUGAACCUAGCAAAAGAAAUCCAUCUGUUUCUCCUCUAUGCAUGCCAUUGACUUUAAUAGAAAAUUCUGCUGCUGUAUACUACAAUCCAUUUAGUGGAAAUGUAUCCCUUCAUCCAGACACUUCCUUCAGUUACAUUUCUGGUGGAAUUCUAGCUGAGGAGAUGGGCUUGGGGAAAACAGUUGAGCUGCUUGCAUGUGUCUUUGCUCAUCAGGUGACAUCAACAGCAAUUGGAAGCUUGUCUAAUUCAGCGGAAGUUCAGGGGGACAUGAGAAAAGACCUUAAAAGAUUGAAGCGGGAGAGGGUUGAGUGUGUAUGUGGUUCUGUCAGUGAAAGCAUUAGAUACGAGGGAUUGUGGGUACAGUGUGAUGUUUGUGAUGCUUGGCAGCAUGCAGAUUGUGUUGGAUAUUCACCACAAAAACGCAAGAAACGGAUGGAGGAUUUUGAGCAAGACGGUGAGGAUUCAUCAGGAAAAUCCCAGAACCGUGCAAAAAGGAAAACCAACGAAGAAAUAGUUGAGAUGGAUGGGGUUUAUAUUUGCAGGGCGUGCACAGAACUAAUCCAAGCCAGUGAAGCACCUGUUUCAUCAGGGGCAACUCUUAUAGUAUGCCCUACCCCUAUAUUGCACCAAUGGCAUGCUGAAAUUAUACGACACACCAAACCUGGUUCAUUGAAAACAUGCAUAUACGAAGGCGCUAGAUCAAGUACUUUCUCGGAGAUACCUACCAUGGAUAUAAAUGAGCUUCUCAGUUCUGACAUUGUCUUGACAACCUAUGAUGUGCUCAAAGAAGACUUGUCACAUGAUUCUGAUAGACAUGAUGGUGAUCGCCGCUUUUUGAGAUUUGAGAAAAGAUUUCGGGUUAUUCCCACUCCUCUCACUAGGAUAUUAUGGUGGAGGAUAUGUUUAGAUGAAGCUCAAAUGGUGGAGAGUAAUGCUGCAGCAGCAACUGAAAUGGCACUAAGGUUACAUACAGUUCAUCGAUGGUGUAUAACUGGGACCCCCAUACAAAGGAGACUUGAUGAUUUGUAUGGGCUCUUGAGAUUCCUGAAAGCAAGCCCAUUCAAUGUUUUUAGGUGGUGGACUGAUGUAAUUUGUGAUCCGUACGAGAGGGGAGAUGAAGGAGCCAUGACAUUCACACACAGCUUUUUUAAACCACUAAUGUGGCGGUCAUCAAAAGAGCACGUUGCUGAAGAAUUGCAACUUCCUCUUCAAGAAGAAUGCAUAUCUUGGCUUUCUCUUUCACCAAUUGAGAAGCACUUCUACCAGAGGCAACAUGAAACUUGUGUGAAUGAUGCCCAUGUAUUCAUUCAAGAUCUGAAAGAUAAUAUUCAGAAGAAGAAACCACAAGGUACGGAAGUGUCUGACUCUUUAUCUGGUGUUAUCAUCACUAAUAUGGAUGCUGCAAAGCUAUUUAACUCACUUUUAAAGCUUCGACAAGCAUGUUGUCAUCCACAAGUGGGAAGUUCUGGCCUGCGUUCUUUACAACAGUCUCCCAUGACCAUGGAAGAGAUUCUGUUGGUUCUUGUAGGUAAGACCAAGGUAGAAGGAGAAGAAGAACUCCGAAAAGUAGUCGUUGCCCUCAAUGGCCUUGCUGGCAUAUCUAUUAUUGAGAAAGAUAUAUCUCAAGCUAUAUCAUUGUACAAAGAAGCACUUGCUUUAGCUGAAGAGCAUUCUGAAGACUUUCGUUUAGACCCUUUAUUAAAUAUUCACAUACACCAUAAUCUUGCCGAGAUACUACCAAAUGAUUCUGAUGGCUUGAAGAAUGUUCAAUCUGAUUCCCUUAUGGUGGAAGGGGUUAAAGAUGAUAUCCAGAACUCUUCUAGGAGUGAGAGUGAAUUGAUGGUAGUGCCAAAUUUGACCAUUAAGAAUCUAUCCAAUUCAUAUGUAGAGCCUGAGAGGCUACAUUUGAAAACAUCUUGUGAAAAUCUAAAGCAAAGGUACUUGUCUGCGUUUAAUUCGAAGUUGUACGUGGCUCAACAAGAAUUUAGGAAGUCACAUGAGCAGGUUUGCAAUGCGUUUACUGAGAAAAAAAAUCAGCAUACAACAUGGUGGUUAGAAGCCCUACACCAUAUUGAGCAAAACAAGGAUUUGUCAACCGAGUUCAUCCGGAAAACAGGAGAAGCUGUUGCUGGGACACUGAACACUAGUGCUUCAAGGGUUGCCUCCUGCUUCCACAGCAUAUCUGCUAUGAAGUAUUUCAUUCAAACGGGUUUAGACUCAUUGGAAGAUUCUAGGAGAAUUUUACUUGAUAGACUUUUGGAUAUUGAUCAAACAAUGGGCAAUCCCAGGAAGGAGGACAUAGAGCGUGUGAGAUACUGUCCAAAAUGUUAUGCUAAUUGUGAAGGUCCCAUGUGUGUUCACUGUGAGCUUGAUGACUUAUUUCAGAGGUACGAGGCCAGACUUUUUCGACUUCAUAAAGGAAAACAUGGGGAGGGAAUUACAUCUGCCGAGGAGGCUGUUAACCUGCAGAAGAAGAUGUCUGCUCUAAACCGGUUUUAUUCGACUUUGUCAAAAUCUAACAAGAAAUCGACUUCGUUGACUCAUGAAUCAGAAGACAAUGGAAAUAAGAGAGAUACACGAGAAAGAGUGCUAGUUUCAAAAUCUCCAUCUGACCUGGAGGUGGUGCUGGGCAUUAUAAAGAGCAACUCAAGAGGACUAUUAGAUAGAGAGGGCAUGUCAGCAGCAACAAAGCAACUUCUUCUUUUAGAGGGGAUGCGAAAGGAGUAUCCACAAGCAAGGUCUCUCGCAGUUGCUCAAGCUCAAGUUCUUCGUGCCUAUGAUGAACUUAACAUGGCAGCCUCUCGACUGCGCUUACGAGAAGAUGAUAAUGAUAAGUCUAUUGAUGCACUUGAUAUAGGGGAAUUGGUUACAGCAAAUGCUGAAUUUUCAAGUGAAAAGUUUGUGGCUUUGUCUUCUCUAUCCAGAGUAAAAGGGCAACUCCGCUAUUUGAAGGGUCUGGUGCAAUCUAAACAAAAAGGAGAAAGUACGAAUGACCAGGCAGCAGUGGCAAUUGGGGGAUCCAGAAGUUCUGAAGAAGAACAGGAUGAGAAUUCUAUGAGAAUUGAGGAUUCAUGUCCAGUUUGUCAUGAGAAACUCAAUAGCCAAAAGAUGGUUUUCCAAUGUGGCCAUCUCAUUUGCUGUAGAUGUUUGUUUGCCUUGACUGAGAAGAGAUCUGGUCGCCUCGGAAAACCUGUUACUAGCUGGAUAAUGUGUCCAACAUGUAGACGGCAGUCUGAUUGUAGAAAUAUUGCAUAUGCCGUUGAUGCCAAACCAGACAAGACUCCCUUUGCUAUCUCUAAGAAUUGUGAAGCUUCUAUUACCGUACAUGGUUCAUAUAGCACAAAGGUUGAAGCUGUGGCAAGAAGAAUUUUAUGGAUCAACUCAAAAAAUCCUGCUGCAAAGGUCCUUGUUUUUAGCAGUUGGAAUGAUGUCCUUGAUGUCUUGGAACAUGCAUUUGCCGCGAAUGGUAUUAGCCACAUACGAAUGAAAGGGGGAAGGGGAGCACAUGCAGCCAUAAACUAUUUCAGAGGGCACAACAGCAAUGCCCUAGGCAUGCCACCAGAAACCAAAACGGUUCAGGUUUUAUUGCUCUUGAUUCAACACGGAGCCAAUGGCCUCAACCUUCUAGAAGCAGAGCACGUGAUUCUCGUCGAGCCAUUACUGAAUCCAGCUGCAGAAGCACAAGCAAUCAGCAGGGUGCAUCGCAUCGGGCAGACCAAAAAGACCCUUGUCCAUCGUUUUAUAGUGAAGGACACUGUUGAAGAAAGCAUACACAGAGUGAACAAGGGCAGGAUGGGAAAUUCGCUCGUGAGCGGAAACAGAAAGAAUAAAGAUCACUCUGCUCUCACACUCAAAGACAUUGAGUCUUUGUUGUUCAGAGCUGCCCCGCCAUUUGCAGAUCCAGACCCGUCUGCUGGGAGUUUGACGCAUUUGCCCCCGUCGGUAGCUGCUGCUCUAGCAGCUGAGAAGAGGCUAGCUGCUGCUGCUCAGGAUGAUUCGUGAUCAGCCCAAUCAGGAAUGACAAUGGAUCGGGUAUGGAUCUGGAUCCUCAUUCGUCCGUUUACUCUCUUUUCAUCACUCGAUCCAUCCAUCACCAGGUACAUACAUCACCUAUCACCCAAUGUGUCAUUCCUCCGCAGGUGAAAUGGGUGCUACUUAGGGGAAA